UAAGUCUGUCAUAACUCAUGACAGACUUGGACUGAUGCUGAAACUUGCCUUGAGUAGGCGUGUUCCAUGUGCACGCCUCUACAUGCACAGCGCCUCCGACACCGCUGCACCAGCUCAACGCAGCCGUCCUGCACACUGUUGGGCUCCUGCAGAAGACGGAACACCAACCUGACCCCCCUGGAGAGAAUGGAGAACACAUGCUGCCCUUUGGAAGUUUUGCAUCGAUUUGGGUUUGCACCCCCCCCAGGCAGGCCAAACCCAGCCCUCUGAUCUUUGAGGACUCUGAUCUCUGAGGACUCUGGUCUCUGAGGACUCUGGUCUCUGAGGACUCUGGUCUCUGAGGACUCUGGUCUCUGAGGACUCUGGUCUCUGAGGACUCUAGUCUCUGGUCUCUGAGGACUCUGGUCUCUGAGGACUCUGGUCUCUGAUGACUCUGGUCUCUGCUCUCUGAGGACUCUGGUCUCUGAGGACUCUGGUCUCUGAGGAUUCUGGUCUCUGAGGACUCUGGUCUCUGAGGACUCUGGUCUCUGAGGACUCUGGUCUCUGAGGACUCUGGUCUCUGGUCUGUGAGGUCUCUGACCUCUGAGGACUCGGUCGAGGCACCAGGUAGACCGGAGCGAGCCGAGGGAGGAUGAGGAGGUUUUUCCGAGCGCGAGACGAAGACUCCAGUCAGAUCCAGUACCUGACGGCCAAGUGUCACCGGCUGGCUCACGAGAGAGCCCAGCUGGAGAGGGACACCUUGGUGACCAGGGAGAGACAGCGGAGGCUACAGAAUGAUCUGGAAGCGAUGGCCGCUCACCUCCAGCAGAAGGAGCAGAUGAUUGUGGAGCUGAGGAGAAAACAGGACCACCUGGUGGACCACCUCAACCGACAGCAGGGCCUGGUGGAAUUCCUUAAGCAUCAUGCGGGCCUGAGAGCGGAGGUGGGCCCUACGGCGGAGGAGAACUUGAGAGACACCGAGCUGCUGGCUACGGAGCUGGAGCAGCUCCGCUCUGAGCUGCUGGCGCUGCAGAGCUCCGACGGGCAGCUGGUGGGCCUGGUGGAGGAGCUCUACGCUGAGGCCCAGCACAGAGCAGCACUGGUAGACAGCCUCCAGGAGGAGCUGCACAGUAAAUCAACGGAGGUCGAGGACCUGCGGAGACACCGGCAGAAACAGAGAGAGGAGCUGGAGCAGCUCCAGAGCGCCCACCAGAGGAAGGUGUGUGUGCUGCAGCAGGAGAACAGCAGCAGUGUUCAGAAGCUGCAGCAGACAGCCGUUCAGUUCGAGCGGCUCUGCAAACAGCAGCGCUACUGGAUGCUCUGCGUCAAAAGGUACAAAGACUGUCUGACGGAGGAGAGGGAGGCGGUGGUUCAGCAGGUCAGUGACCUGGAGCAGACCGUCCUGAAGCCCAGGGGAUGUUCCCACUGCAGCAGACAGUACCACUGCCCCCUGCAGGACAGGGGCAGCAACUCCAGGCAUCUGCACCAGUCUAUGUGUGGUGCAGAGUUCCGGGCUGACCAGCAGGGGGAGCCGUGGUCAGCCCUGUGUGAGGACAAAGUCAUCACUCAGGUGGGAGGCGUGGUCGACACGGAGCAGAAACCUCCUUGAGGUUCUCCCUCUGACCAGAAGAGUGUGGCUCUCCUCCCAGCCCUCUUUAGAAGAUCGAAGAACGCCAGAGAGACUGUACGUCGGAACUCCGUCCGCACUCUGGUUUCACUGUUGUUAUUGUGGAGUGAACAGUGAAAUAAUAAAGAGACAAUGAAGACA